UCUUCACAGGGAGGAACCUCACCAUUUGACUCCUCAGAAGUUAGGGGAAAAAAGUAUUUUUAACAUUUUCUUUGGCCAGGAAAAAAAAAAAAAAAAAAAAAAAAAACAUACUCAAGAAUAAAUUAGAUUCUUGUCGGUGCCGACGCUCUGCAUCCGGCAGAGGAGAGCAGCCCGCGUCCCACCAACACAUGCAAUACAAUGAGGCAGUGUGUGCGCCACAGAGAAGACAAAGCUGCAGGAUGCGUCGAAGAGACGGGAAUUUGCGCAGGACCAGUGACGUGUUACUCGACUGCCGCGGACAGCACUACUGAAGAAUGAAUCACUAGUCGCUACAUGACGGCCUACAACCAAAACAAGAACUAGACUCUCGAGCUCCAGUUCCAAAACCAGGACUCAAGAAUGAGGACUAAGUAUGCAGUCAUCUUCAUCUGCAUUGUGGCCCUGGUCAUCAUCGAAAAAGAAAGCAAUAUCCUAUCAAGGGUCUCGGAUAAGCUGAUCCAGAGGCAGAUACCACAGCAAACUCCAAAGACUCCUCAGAAUGACAACAAUACAGAGUCCAAAGAUUAUGUGGAUGUUCUAAAAGUGCUGCUCGGCCAACAACCCGCCUCAAAAAACAACCAAACAAAUCUCCCAGAAAAGAACGAAGUGGAUGAAACGGGCGACAUAAAUGUAAAAAGAAGCAGCAGUGGUCGCAAGCAUGUGUUGCUCAUGGCUAGCACACGGACAGGAUCAUCGUUCGUGGGGGAGUUUUUCAAUCAACACGGAGAGACCAUGUUUUAUUUGUUUGAGCCUCUGUGGCACGUUGAGCGCCUGUUGGCCACAGCAGCAGAGGUGAACAAUUCGACGGCUUUGCCAGGAAUCUACGGGGACAUCCUCCAGGCGCUGUUCCUCUGUGAUUUCUCUCCCCUUGAAAAGUUCAUCUCUCCAUCACCGCAGAACCACGUCACCCCUGAUCUUUUCCGCAGAGAGUCAAGUUUAGCUCUCUGCGAAGAACCUGUUUGUACUCCCGUGCUCAAAGAUGUUUUUGAGAGGUAUCACUGCAAGAUUCGCCAGUGUGGACCACUGAACUUGACUCUCGCAUCUGAGUCCUGCCUCUCCAAGCAACACCAUGCCAUCAAGGCUGUCCGUGUGCGACAGUUGGACACACUGCAGCCCUUGGUGGAGGACCCCCACCUGAACGUCGCCAUUAUCCAGCUGGUUCGAGAUCCACGGGCCAUCUUGGUUUCACGCAUGGUGGCCUUUCCCUCAAAAUACCAGACAUGGAAAGCCUGGGCGCAGGACGGACAGGUGCCUGAAAACGACGAGGAGGUGAAGAGGCUAAAAGGAAACUGUGAUCAAGUUAUGACAUCUGCAGAAUUGGGACUUAGCAAGCCCCAAUGGCUAAAGGGACGCUACAUGUUGGUGCGUUAUGAGGAUAUUGCUCGGUACCCAAUGCAGAAGGCCGAGGAGAUGUACAAGUUUGCAGGGAUACCUUUCAGCUCCCGAGCAAGGGAGUGGAUCCUCAGGAACACACAGACUACAGAGGAAGCCAGCGGAAUAUAUUCCACACAGAAGAACUCUUCGGAGCAGGCGGAGAAAUGGAGGACUAGCAUUCCCUUUACGCUGGUUCAGGUUGUGCAGAAGGUGUGCGGUCCCGCCAUGAAGCUGUUUGGGUACAGAUUUGUGGAUGAUGAAAAGACACUGAGUAAUAAGUCCAUCAGUUUGCUUGAGGAUAAACAAUUUUCAUAAUCAAGUGGAGUUUCUACAAAGACUGGUACAGGGAAUGAGGUGGGGGUGCAUCCUGCAAAGCUUGGCAGUUCAUCAGAGGAAGACAGAGACAAACAAUAUCAUUCACAGAAAAACUCAUACCUGAAAGGCAAUUCUUGAGACCAAACAACUUAGUUUGCAUGGCUUUGUCCUCUGAGAGGAAACUAGGGAGAACCUGUACAUUCAUAAGGAGAACAUUCAAGCUACAUGUAGAAAGAAGCUGGGCAGGAUUGAAAAAAUUUUGCACAGCUCCAAUAAAAAAAAUAUAUAACAAAUACAUACAUAUAAACCAAAACACCAAGCACCAUGUUAACCAUGUUAACCAUGUGCCUAAUCUUACCAACAAUUUAUGCACGCUGUAUUCACUCAGAUGCCAGUUUCUCAAACUUUGUGGCAUGGUAUUUUUUUAGUCAAAUAUCAGAUAAGUCAGCAUUUUUCAGUGGUUACUGUAUGGGAUGUGUGGUUUUAGGUUAAGAUGAUAACAUUUUCAGAGAUAAACAAAAGUGUGAUAUUGAUAUUGGAAUAGCCUCUGCAGUACACUGUAAAAAAAAAAAAAAAAAAAAAAAAAAACUAAUUUACAGUAAAAUACUGGCAACUGUGGCUGGGACAUCCUUACAUUGCUAGGAUGUCACAAAUACCAAUCUAAGUAGUCAAUUGCCAAUACAGGGUCCCAAUCUGAAGCGUCAUUACUUUUAAUAAAAUCAGCAUAAAUGACUGUCAACUCCCUUUUCAAAGUGAAUGAAAACAAUCCAUUGAAAUGAUUGUGUUUAACUUAACUCAUGUACCACAAAUGUUCUGGAUCCUACAGCAACCUGAACAAAGGCUUAAAUUGGAAAAUUGCUUCAAUGUUUUUGAAAUAGUUUUAUCUAGUAGCUUUUAUCUCAUGUUUUUAAAAAUCUAACAUAAUUCAAUACAUUGAAAUCUUGCUUCUGAUGACAAUGUUUUUAUGUUGACAUCCUUUCUGUAGCGAUAAGAUUAUCUUAACAUGAUUCCUCUGUUUUUUUUUAUUAUAUGGCUUGAGGAUAAUAACUUUGUGCAGUUCCAGUGAACUGCGUUUUGUUUGAAAUUAAAACAUACAAACCGACAUCCUUCAUAAACAUGGCCCAUAAUGACACAGACGGAGAGCCACUGCAGCCAACUCAGCUUCUCUUUAAUCGUUAAUAUAAUUGUAAAACAUUUAACAAAUUAAUUUGCUGGACAGAUUAAUGUAUAAUGUACAACAAUUUUGCAGGCAAUACAAAACAGACAAAAAUGUUUAAAAAUGAACCCAUGCAAACACAUCUGCACAUUUUGCUGGGGGUGCAACUGACAUAAAAUUACAUCAUUAUGUCUAUCAGAGUUCAGUCUCGGGCUCCUAUCCUGAUUAUUGAUAUUUAGAAUCAGAUUGGGACAUUCAUCAUAUAUUCACAAAUAUUUACUAAUAUUAUAAUUGAAACUAGAGUAGACAGCUAAGGUCUCAUUUGAUCAGAUGGGGCGUGUUUUAGUAGUUUAGAAAUCUUACUCAGGUAAAGUGAAACAGCAGUUCCUUGUGUCUAUGAGGAGCAUUCAUACAGUAUGCUCCCAGGUGUAUGUAUAUGAUAAUACUCAGAACUUUAAAAAUGUUACUAAGGGUUUUGCAGUAAUUUAUGAAAAUACAUGUGAACUUGAUCUAUAAAUGACAAAAUAUAAUAAUGUAUUAUGUUUAUAGGAAACACUAUGAAACAUCACUUACCUCAGAUGGCUUUUCAGUAGUUCAGUGUUAUUUUCCUCGCACCAGCCAAAGUUUUCCUACCUCCUGGUGAAUGAGAGGCUUUAGUUGAAGCCUCUUUUCUAAUAACAUGUUAUUUUUGUCACCAUGCUGCCUAAACAAGAGAUUAAGCUGUUAAACUACAUUAUGAGCUCUUUGAGAAAUUUUGUCUAUCUAAGUUUGGUUUGUAUUUGCUGGCAAAAUUAAGGUCAUCAUAUUUUUCACGAAAAUUUAGAACCAACAUUUAUUCAAUCUUCAGAAAUAUAUGUGGGGGUGUUUUUUUUUUGCAGAAUGCUAUAUGUGUGUGCAUGCCUCAGACCAUAUCUCUCUGUAAAACACAGGUGGUGUUGUAUAAAGGUAACUACUGUGGCUAUGAUUCAAUGACAUCUUUGUGUUCAGCUUGGCUGAGACCCCAGAAUGCUGCCACGCUGCUUAAGGAAAGGCGUUUGCUGUAGAGAUUCAUAUAGAGCAGAUUAUUUUCACCUAAAAAAA